UGGGGUUUUAUUUUCUCAUUUCCCUGUAGUGAUAGGGAGGAGGGAGAGACAGUGACACGCACUGAUAGUUACUAUCUGAGAUAGAGAUAGAGAUAGAGUGGGUUGGUUAGGAACUGAGAGAGAGAGAGCGAGCCAGGGCCAGGCAGACUGAGUCACUAAAGGCGACACUACAAUGUUGGGGGAGAGCGGCUUAGUUUGAAGUGAUACGCAGGCGCUCGGGGAAACUGCUUUCGCUUUUAGUGACACACAGACACUCGGGGACUGUGCGGUCACAGUGACUGGGUCUCUCUCUGACACAUACAUUGCCGGGGAUAGAAACUCAGACACACACAAUCUCUUCCAAUAGGACAAACGGGUGCAAAUCCGCCCCCUAGGGUUAGGGAGAGAAACCAGGCGGCUCUGAGCUGAACACCUUGAGUCGGUGAAGCAGGUUUCUCUCUUUCUGGAAGCCCGGUGGCAGGGGGAGGGGGAAGCGGCGAGAGGCGCUGAACACACACACACACCGGAGAGAACAGCGAGCAUUCGCCCACACCACACCACACCAUGGCUUCGACUACAACGUGUACCAGGUUCACGGACGAAUAUCAGCUCUUCGAGGAACUUGGAAAGGGAGCCUUCUCGGUGGUCAGACGAUGCAUGAAAAUCUCCACAGGACAGGAAUACGCUGCCAAAAUCAUCAAUACCAAAAAAUUGUCUGCCAGGGAUCACCAGAAAUUGGAAAGAGAGGCCCGGAUUUGCCGACUUUUAAAGCAUCCAAACAUUGUUCGCCUCCAUGAUAGCAUAUCAGAGGAAGGAUUCCAUUACCUAGUGUUUGAUCUAGUGACUGGAGGAGAAUUAUUUGAAGAUAUUGUGGCCAGAGAAUACUAUAGUGAAGCAGAUGCCAGUCAUUGCAUUCAGCAGAUCCUGGAGGCUGUGCUUCACUGCCAUCAGAUGGGUGUGGUCCAUCGAGACCUGAAGCCAGAGAACUUGCUCCUCGCUAGUAAGUUGAAAGGAGCUGCUGUGAAAUUGGCUGAUUUUGGUUUGGCAAUUGAAGUCCAAGGAGACCAGCAAGCAUGGUUUGGUUUUGCGGGCACACCCGGGUACCUUUCCCCUGAAGUAUUAAGGAAAGAUCCGUAUGGAAAGCCAGUGGACAUGUGGGCUUGUGGUGUUAUUCUGUACAUACUGCUGGUUGGUUACCCUCCUUUCUGGGAUGAAGAUCAGCACAGGCUGUACCAGCAGAUCAAGGCUGGUGCUUAUGAUUUCCCAUCACCAGAGUGGGAUACAGUGACUCCAGAAGCUAAGGAUCUUAUCAACAAAAUGUUAACAAUAAAUCCUGCCAAACGAAUCACAGCCUCAGAAGCCCUGAAACAUCCAUGGAUUUGUCAACGAUCAACUGUUGCUUCUUGUAUGCAUAGACAAGAGACUGUGGAAUGCCUGAAGAAAUUCAACGCUAGAAGGAAACUGAAGGGGGCCAUUCUCACAACAAUGCUGGCCACAAGAAACUUCUCGGCAGCAAAGAGUUUGAUGAAUAAGAAGACUGAUGGGGUUAAGAAAAGGAAGUCCAGUUCGAGUGUUCAGAUGAUGAUAAACAACAAAGCCAACGUAGUAACCAGUCCAAAAGAACCCAUACCUGCCCCAGCGCUGGAGCCCCAAACCACUGUAAUCCACAAUCCUGCUGAUGGAAAUAAGGAAUCCUCAGAAAGUACCAACACCACCAUUGAAGAUGAAGAUGUGAAAGCACGCAAACAAGAAAUCAUUAAAGUUACAGAGCAACUGAUUGAAGCCAUUAACAAUGGAGAUUUUGAAGCCUAUACAAAAAUUUGUGACCCAGGGCUCACUGCUUUUGAGCCUGAAGCCCUGGGUAACUUGGUUGAAGGAAUGGAUUUCCACAGAUUUUACUUUGAAAAUGCUUUGUCUAAGAACCACAAGCCAAUACAUACCAUUAUAUUGAACCCCCACGUCCAUUUAAUUGGUGACGAUGCUGCUUGCAUAGCAUACAUCCGUCUCACUCAAUAUAUCGAUGGCAGUAGCAUGCCAAAAACCAUGCAAACUGAGGAAACCAGAGUCUGGCAUCGCCGUGAUGGAAAGUGGCAAAAUGUUCACUUUCACCGCUCAGGAGCCCCAACUGUCCCUGUCAAGUAAGCUAAAAGAACUGUUGCCACUGCUGAAUUCUCAGCACUCAUUAUGGAUUGGAAGAUCAAGAUCACAUUAUAAGCACUUCCAGUCUAUUUUAACGCAUGUUCCUGAAUGCAUGAAGCUCUGACAGUGCACUUGUGACAUGUCCUUUGCUGUUUAUACCAUCCGUAAAUUUUUGUUUACACUUCAUCGGAAGAAAUGUUGCAAGAAGAAUGAAACCAAAGGAAGGAAAACUAUUGAAAGUACUUUUUAAACCGUUAUAUGCGCCAGGUUUCUUAACUUGUUAUAAUUAUAAAAGUUGAAAUAAAAAUGUAUUUUUUCUGGAUUUCAAAAAUUUUAAAAGCUACUGUACCCCCUUAAUCUGUAUGAGAAUACAUUGUAAGUGGCCCAUAUUAAUUUUGAGUAUUGAAAUACUUUUGUAAUAUAUAUAGAAGGGGAUGUCCUUAAAGUGGCAGGGCACUGUUACAUGCAGUUCCAAAACUUGUUCUACAAGCUGUAAUCAUCGAGUCAGGGCUGGCUGUAUCAGCCUAGAAAGUAACUCCUACUACAGUAGCUGAACAGUCUUUUUCAUUUUUUUUUUCCAGGUGAAACAUAUGGGAAACUAUCUUUUAAAUGAAAAGUAAAUUUUGAUGUGCUAGUGCUACUGCUAGUCUUUUAUUUGUUGUAUUUCUUAUGUGUCAUCAUCUAGGAUUAUUUUUAAGUUGACAAAUCAUUUUUACUCAGUUUGGGUGCAAUAUGUUUCAGAAAAAUCAAGCUUGCUUUAAUUAUGGUGAUGUGCAAAUUGUGAUUUGAGUCAAGUGCUUAUUGCUUUGAUGGAAAUAGUUUAGAGUUUUGUGAACUAUGUUAAUCUGCUUGUUUGUAGUUAUCCAUAGUAUCAAUUUAACAAAGAAACACAAGAUCUUGGAAUUUAAACACCAAAUAUAGUGGAUCGUGAUGUACAUGCAACAUUUAUUUAAGAACUUCCUUGCCUAGGCAGCUGAUUAAACAAACUCAGAUCAUUUUAUUUUUCUCCUAAGGACACAGGGAUUGAUGUUUUUAAUAUCAUCUGUGAAAAAUAGUUUCUCAAUACUUUGUGAACAGAAUGAUUUUUGCUUCUGCUUCUGUAUAUUUGUGAAGGUGUUCUUGUGUAAAAAAAUAAGUUAGCAGUUAUGUCCUUUUUUCUUUGGAGGGAGUGUUCCCUCUUUUAAAAUGUUUGUUUCUUCGCUGUUGUAUACUUAUAGGGUUAUACUCCAGUGCUGAAUAGUGCAUGUAAUCUCAAUUUAAUGUUUUCAGUGAUUGUACAGAACCAUCAGAUUCUCAUUCAGUGGUCAAAUCUUGGCAGAAUUCAUUUAUUUAUAAUCUGUGUUUGUUAGUUGCCCACAAAACAAUACGGUUAGCUGCUGUUACUAGUUGAAUAGAUGGCAAUAAAGUCUACCCAUUACAUGGAUUCAGAAAUCGUGUUUAAAUAAGCAUGUAUAUUUAUGGGCCAUAUUAAUAUGCCAAUAAGAUCUAUGAAAAAUAGGGAAUUUCUUCAUUUUGUUUUUUGGUGACUGGCUGUAGUAAAGUAAGUGUAUUGAAAUCUAUCUAUGUUAUUUUCAAAUUUUAAUACCAUGUGUGGUGUUCAAGUAGUAUUAACGACCAAGUCUGUCUUCCACACCCAGAUCUGAGGAGCGGUGAUUGGAUUUUCCACCACAAUUGAAAUGAUACUUAAGUUCUUUCAUUCUGCAAAGCUGCUGUUUAUCAUGGGACACAGUGUACAGAGUUCUUGCCAUAAUGGUAAAUAAUUGAUUAAAACAAAAAUAAAUUUGUGAUUAUUUCUCCUGA